CUUCCUCCAGUGUUACGGGGGGGGGGGGGGGCGGAAUCUGGGAAUGCGAGGGGUUGGGCUGAGCCGCACUUGGGGAACGGCGCGGACCUUGUGCUAGGGCUCUGGCCGUCCUCCGCCUGCUCAGCCCAGUGGCCCCGUGCAUCUACCACCAUGGAGCUGCGGUCUCAUCUCGGGGCCACCUGUUUGCUGGGCUUCAGUUUCCUGCUUCUCGUCACCUCUUCUGCUGGACAUAUUGGGCUUGGAAAGGGUUUUGGAGAUCACAUUCAUUGGAGGACACUAGAAGAUGGGAAGAAGGAAGCAGCUGCCAGUGGCUUGCCUCUGAUGGUGAUUAUCCACAAGUCCUGGUGUGGAGCUUGCAAAGCUUUAAAGCCCAAAUUUGCUGAAUCUACAGAAAUUUCAGAACUUUCCCAUAAUUUUGUUAUGGUGAACCUUGAGGAUGAAGAGGAGCCCAAGGAUGAAGAUUUCAGUCCUGAUGGGGGUUAUAUUCCGCGAAUCCUUUUCCUGGAUCCCAGUGGCAAGGUGCAUCCUGAAAUCAUCAAUGAGAAUGGAAACCCCAGCUACAAGUAUUUCUACAUCAGUGCCGAACAAGUUGUUCAGGGGAUGAAGGAAGCUCAGGAGAGGCUGACGGGGGAUGCCUUCAGAGAGAAACAUCUUGAAGAUGAGUUGUAACAUGAAUAUAUCCCUUCUUUCAUCAGAGUUAGUGUUCUGGAAGGAAAGCAGCAGGGGAGGGAAUAUUGAGGAAUCGCUCAGAACAAUUAAACCAACCAGGAAACCUUGCUCCUGCCUACAUGGGGAGGAGCGCUCUCACUGUGGAAGACUUCUGCUGACAGGAGCUGGUCUCCACGUUUGUGGAUCCAGUGGAGCACAGCAAACUUCCUUCUCCUGCCCCCUCCUAGAUGUCUGUUUGUCAUGGAAUGUAAAGAAUGACAGCUUUUGACACAAAACUUGAGCCAUUUGGAGGUGUACUCCUCACACUUCAAUAUUUGAAUCUUUUUCCGUUUCCUCCCGCUUUAUUCACCUUGGUGGUGAAAGGAGACCAGUAGCAUCUUUUCUACAGUAUUAAAAUUGCAGAAAUAGUUUAUCAUUUAAAAAAACAAACUUAAAUGUAAAUCAGAAAUUCUACCCCCGUCGAGGAGACCAGCCUGUUUCUUCUCCCUUUCUCCUGGGAAUAAUCUUGGGCUUCUUCCUGAAUCCCGGCAACUUCCAUCCUCUUCUGCUUGGGCUUCCCUGUUCGCACGCAUGUGUAUGCAGGAGUGGCUGUGUGUUUGGACUCAGCCCCAGCUGGAAGCAUGCUUUUCCCUGUUACUAUUACAGAAACAGAAACCUUCAAGCCCUAGGUGGAGCCAGUUUUGUCAAGUCGUCAACUGUAUUUUUGUACUGAGGUUACCAAAAAAAUUUACAAAUAUUAAUUGUUCCUUUAAACUUUAAUAAAACUUUGAAAGGAAA